CCUACACACACAUUCAUCUAAACCCUCGGAAGACAUUGCAGUUGUGUCUCUCUCUCUCUCUCUCUCUUCCCGACGAGCUUCAGAAGGGUACAUAACCCCAUAGGGGGCUAGGGUUCGCAAUCUUCUGAAAAAGUCUCUCUCUCUCUCUCUCUCUCUCUCUCUCUCUCUCUCUUCCCGACGAGCUUCAGAAGGGUACAUAACCCCACAGGGCGCUAGGGUUCGCAAUCUUCUGAAAAAGUCGUAGCUUCGGAGUGGCUCGAUUUACCCCACAAGGGUAAAUAUAAGCAUGGCAACUCCAGAAGCAACAGCUGCUUCCCUUGGUCCCCGAUAUGCGCCCGAUGAUCCUAGUCUACCACAGCCCUGGAAGGGAUUAAUUGAUGGAAGCACUGGGAUUUUGUAUUACUGGAAUCAAGAAACAGGCAUGACUCAGUAUGAAAAGCCAUCCUCUUUGCCUCCUCCAGUGCCACAAGGCCUCCCUCCAUCAGCUUCACCUAAGCUAGCUAAUAUUCCAGGGCCUCGGAUGCAAUUGAAUGGCGUUGUGACCCAGCCGGGGCAGCAAACAACACAUACCCCACAAGAGCUGGGACAACAAACUAACUUAUCACAACAACAUCCACAAAUGAUGUCCCAAGUUAAUCUACUGCAUAGCUCACAAUUUCCCCAACCUGGGCAACAACAGGGAUCACAGUUUGGACAUGGCAUGCAACAGCAGGGACAUUUAACACCACAACACAUUGGGCAACAAACUAUACAAUCACCUAAUCAGCAGGCGUUGUUGCAGUCAGGACAGCAAAUGUCUCAGCAGUCAGUGCAGCAAAUGCAGCAACAGUCGAUGCAGCAGCUUCCAGGGCAGCAAAUGCCAUUGUAUCAAGGAUCUCAAAUUGGGCCACCUCAAGGGCAUCAAUUUACACAUCCACAAAUGCAGUACAUGGCAUACCCGCAGACCAUCCUUCCUCAGGGGCAACAAAGUUCACAGCAGCCGACUCAGAAUAGUAUGCAGGGGCAUACGUUUCCCUAUCAGCAAGAGCAGAAAGCGGGGCCCCAACGCAGAGAUGAUGCUGAUUCUCCACAAGGGAAGCAAUUUGGGUUUGUCCAGCCACAGUUUCAACAACUCAGUGGGUCAUCAGUUCAAGCUCUUCCUUCAGGGACUGAUUCUGUUCAGAUGCAACAGAUGGGUGUUCAGCCUAGUCAUGCACAACAGUUCAGUAGAUCAUCUGUCAACAUUCAACCAACUGGCUCUUUGGGUCCAAUGCUGCAAAGUGGUGGUAAUGUAGUGCAUCAGCAGCAUGGUCCCAGGUUUCAAAAUCAGCUGGACCCUGCAAUGAUGUAUAGUCAACAACCCAGUGUGCCCCCUGUCAAUUCGAAGGCGGGUUUUGAAGAGCCAAGAAGAGCUGGGAAUGAGUAUUAUUUCAGUAAUAGCAAUGAUGUUCCUGCUAUGGUUCCCCAGCAGCCAAAGCUUGCUGCAAUACCCAUGGACACAAGGGUUACUGGUGGUCCAGCGCAAAAUAUCACCCCUGUUUUUUCUGGACUGAACUCGGUAGCAGGAUCUAACCUGCAGAACAUGAUUGGUCAUGCAAUGGGGCCAGCAUUUCCAGGUCUGACUCAGAUGAGGCAUCCUCUAAUGACUAUGGAACCUUCUGAUGUAACUAAUCUUUCGGCUGUGGAAGUCUACCGUCAACAACAUGAAGUUACAGCAACGGGUGGUGAUGUUCCGGCUCCAUUUAUGACGUUUGAAGAGACUGGCUUUCCUGUGGAGAUACUGAGGGAGUUGCAUUCUGCGGGGUUCUCUUCUCCCACCCCCAUUCAGGCACAAACAUGGCCAAUUGCAAUACUCAAUAAGGACAUAGUGGCUAUUGCCAAAACAGGAUCUGGGAAAACGCUUGGCUAUCUGAUCCCAGCCUUCAUGCUUCUAAGACACCGUCGAAACAAUCCUCAGAAUGGCCCAACAGUGUUGGUCUUAGCUCCAACACGUGAGCUUGCCACACAAAUACAAGAUGAGGCCAUCAAGUUUGGCAGAUCUUCAAGGGUCUCUUGCACGUGCUUGUACGGUGGGGCACCCAAGGGCCCUCAAUUGAGAGAGCUGGAGCAAGGAGUAGAUAUUGUUGUGGCAACUCCUGGUCGGCUAAAUGACAUUCUUGAAAUGAAGAGAAUUGAGUUUCGGCAAGUUUCACUUCUUGUGCUUGACGAAGCUGAUCGAAUGCUUGACAUGGGUUUUGAACCCCAAAUCCGUAAGAUUGUAAAUGAGAUUCCUCCCCGCCGACAAACUCUUAUGUAUACAGCGACCUGGCCCAAGGAAGUGAAGAAAAUAGCAAGUGAUCUUCUUGUUGAUCCAGUUCAGGUGAACAUAGGCAGCGUCGAUGAGCUUGCCGCAAAUAAAUCUAUCACUCAGUAUGUUGAAGUUGUCCCUCAAAUGGAGAAGGAAAGGCGUUUGGAGCAGAUUCUUAGGGCCCAAGAGCGGGGUUCAAAAGUCAUUGUAUUCUGUUCCACAAAGAGGUUGUGUGACCAGCUUGCUCGUAGUAUUGGACGUAACUUUGGUGCUGCCGCAAUUCAUGGUGACAAGUCUCAGGUUGAAAGGGAUUCAGUUCUGAAUCAGUUCCGUUCGGGAAAGUCCCCGAUUUUAGUUGCCACUGACGUUGCUGCACGAGGACUUGACAUAAAAGAUAUAAGGGUCGUGAUCAAUUAUGAUUUUCCAACAGGUGUGGAGGAUUAUGUCCACCGAAUCGGAAGGACCGGGAGGGCUGGGGCCACCGGAGUGGCUUACACCUUCUUCUCUGACCAGGACUGGAAGUAUGCAGCUGAUCUGGUAAAAGUGCUUGAGGGGGCUAACCAGCAGGUGCCCCAAGAAGUACGCGAGAUGGCUUUGCGCGGUGCACCUAAUUUUGUCAAGGAUCGUGGUGGGCCCAACCGUUUCGACUCUCCUGGUGGGGAUAACAGAGGCUGGGAUUCUGGCGGUCGUGGUGGAACAAGGGAUGGUGGUUUUGGAGGUCGUGGCGGGAUGAGGGAUGGCUUCGGUGGCCGUGGUGGAAUUAGUGAUGGCAGGGAUGGCGGCUUUGGCGGCCGUGGUGGGGGGAGGGAUGGAGGCUUUGGCGGUCGCGGUGGAAUGAGGGAUGGGGGUUUUGGUGGUCGCGGUGGAAUGAGGGAUGGUGGCUUUGGUGGUCGCGGUGGAAUGAGGGACGGUGGUCGCGGUGGAAUGAGGGACGGCAGCUUUGGUGGUCGUGGGGGAAUGAGGGAAGGCGGCUUUGGUGGUCGUGGGGGAAUGAGGGAUGGCGGCUUUGGUGGGGCGAGCGGGGGUCAGGUUGGUUGGGAUAGGAAUGAACGAGGAGGCCCACACGAUAGAUACAACAAUAUGGAUGGGCGUGGGAGGGGCCGCGGCAGAGGGAGGGGACCAUUUGACAGCAGAAGAGAUGUUGCAAACCGGGGGAGAGGAAGAAGUUAUAGCCCUAGUCCCGAAAGAGUUCGAACAUGGGGUUAUAGCCGGAGCCGGAGCCGGAGCCGAAGCCGAAGUUGGAGCCGGAGCAGGAGCAGGAGCCGCAGCUGGUCCCGCAGCCGCAGCCCCAGACGCAGCUACAGCCGAAGCCGUAGCAGAAGCCGCAGCUAUGAAAGACGUGAGAGGAGGCCCCCCCGCAAGUCAAAAUUUGAUCAGAUGGAACCCUCAGUCCCAGAAUUUGGGGCAGCUCCUCCUGAAGCAUCCAAGAUGUCUGCCAUGUCCCCAGGAGGCACAAAAGGCGAUGCAUUUUCUGGCGGCGAGCCUUCGUCCCAGUUACCCGUUAUUGAGAAUGUUGAGACAGGACACCCAGAGGCUGUGGCUGCUGACCUAGGCAACAAUCCAGUUGCUGAAUCUUAAGGUGUUGGGAUGCCUAGGUGAGAUGAUUGAUGAUGUUGCAGGAGAUGAACGGCACCCAUGGGACGACUGUUAUUUUUGCUUAGUGCAUUUCUUUCUUUUUCGUCGACGGGGUAGAUUUUUUUCUUUUUCCUGUAUCGUCUUGGUGAUUGGAAUUUUAAGUGAUGGGAGGUUGUUCUAUCGUUAUUCAAGGUAGUGUGUUGUUAUGACAUUUUACUUGGAAAUUUUGAUUUGUGGACUUGCUAUUAUUCGAAAUAGAAUUACUACUUUGAAA